AUGUCACAAUCGAACGAUGGGGGCCCAGCUCUAGAGAAGGGGGUCUGGGCCGCUGUUUGCAUCGCCGCGGUGAUCGUUAUUUUAAGGAUCUUUGCCAAAUUCAAGAUCAAACGGUUCAACGUAGAUGAUGUGCUGAUGAUCAUUGCUGAGAUCCUUGCGAUCGUCGCAUGUGUCUUUUUGACACUAUCGGUUGAUCAUGGCUUUGGUGCAAAGCUAGGUGAUCCUUUCACGCACGAUACCUCCCUGGUCUUGAAAUAUAUCGCCAUUCAAGUCCCGAUUGUCACCUUGAGUACUACGAUUGCCCGCUCAGCCUUUAUCAUCUAUCUCUUGGGCAUCCUAGGCACCAAUAAACACUAUCAGAUCGCGCUAUGGACGGUGCUGGCCAUUCAGUUGGCGGGAAAUAUUGCCUCGGCCGUGUUACCCCUUAGUAUCUGUCGCAAUGUCAACAUACUAUGGGACCCCACCGUCAAAACAACCUGCGGCGAUUUAGUCGCGGUGAUCAACUUUGCCUAUUUUUCGAACACCUUCAACUCCGCAACGGACCUAUUCCUCGCCCUUUUCCCGACCGUGGUAUUCUGGAACCUCAACCUCAAACUGCGCAUUAAGAUUAGUUUAAUCGUGUUGCUCAGUCUAGGAAUUGUGGCCAUGAUUGCUUCUAUCAUCAAAACAACAAAGCUCGACCAAGUACCCAGCAUCACGAACCUGGGAGCGACUGGAGGACUUGAGCUGAUUCGCUGGGCAUAUGUUGAAAACGCCAUCAUCAUCAUCACGUCCUCCAUUCCCUGCAUCCGCCCCCUGAUCAUUUCAUCCGUGCGAAAGAUCUCCAGCGGUGGCUUCUCUCGAUCCUAUGAGCUUAGUCGCCAGACCGGUCCGAACAAGUCACGCCAGUCGCAAGGGGUGCGCAGAUUCAAGUCCCACAAUACGAAAAACGACAGCGUUGAGCGAAUCUUGGAUCAAAGCACCCAAACUAGCACGACGAUUGGCCGCCCUGAUUCCCCCACGCAGGUUCAUGAAGGGGCCACGGGAAUCACUAAACAGAUUGAGAUCUCGGUGUUGUCGGAUGAUGGUGCGCACGAUGCCGGAAGACAUGUUUAA